AUGUCUAUAAUGGUAUUUCCAAUGUGUUUGUCAUAUUGCAUAACAAAUGUAGUUAAACAAAGGACCUUGUACUCACUUCACCCUAAAAAUAUAGCAGAUGAGUUUGAUUAUCGCAAACCAUUAAACGUAGCAAAUGUAGAACAGGUAUUAAACUUAAUUAGACCUUCAUUGCAAUCAGAUGGCGGCGAUUGUAAGCUUAUUUGCCUAGAAAAUUCAACUGUUAUUAUCGAGCUUAUGGGUAAUUGUGUCAAUUGUCCUAUGAAAAAUGAAACGGUUAAAAAUGGCAUUGAGGCCAGUUUACAAAAAUAUCUACGCUCCGUAGAUCCCAUAAGAGUUAUUAUACGAAGCGAUGAUAGUUAA